UCGUUCUGCAUCUAAAUGAGAGGCGAGUCUUCAAGUCUCCGGAACAGAUGUUGUAUACAACGAGUGUAUGUUAUAUAUCUUUUAAGCACAAACAUAACUAGUUAUAAAUAUACUGUAAAACUACCAAUAUUCAACUAACUAUAAGUAACAUUAGCAUACUGAUACUUACACACACCUAUAUAUAUAUAUAUACACACAUAUUUAUUACAUAGCUAUAUUUAUAUAUAUGUGUAUAUAUAUAUAUAGUCAGCAUCACGUGGUUUUGUAAAGUCGGCUCAGAAUGAUGAUUGUUGCAACAUCCCAUCAAAACUCUUGCUCCAAUAUGCAGAAGUUGGCACGAAGACGUGUACGGUUACAUCUCCGUAGACUCAGGCAUCGUGAAUAUUCUAAACUGCGUACACUUGUACCAUCAGUGGCUAACAACAACAAAGUUUCUAAAGUGACAGUGAUAGAAGAAGCUAUUAAGUAUAUUGAUUCCCUGCACAAGGCUUUGGUGGAACGUUUGCAGAAUGUUCGACCUGCCGGUGUGGAAGCUGUGACAGAGGAAAAUGUGAAAGAGGUCGUUUGUCAAAUGAUGUCGUUCAAUGCAUCAACACAGCAAUGUCAACAGAAAGCCACCUUUAACUUUCACAGUCUCGAGAAGAAAAGGAAAAUUCCAAGUUUCUCUCAGAUCCAGCGGAGACGAUCAAAAUACCUAUAAUUUCAGUAAUGAUAAGAAAGACAACAAAUCGCAGACAUAAACAACGAACAUAUCCAUAUAUGGUUUUCGAAAAUUUCCGCCAUUUUUCUGGUGACAUUCCGCUGAAUUCUUUAUUUUUUCCCUUGCAACUUGCCGCUGGAAGCGAAAUAUAUCCGACAUAUCUUCUUCAGCAGGUCUCUUCCUCUCAGAAGCAGUAAUAGAUUCAGUUGGGAGAUAUCUGAUGAAGAAAAGAGGAGAAGAAUGAAAGGCUGAAAGAGAAAGUAUGAAAGGAAAUGCAAGACAUUUUAAUAUCUAAUCAACCAAAUUCAACUGCCUGGUUCACUUCUAACCAAAUAUUACACAAAAGAACAAAUCACACAGCCUGAUUGAUUGAUCAAAGAAUAUUCAAUAAAAUAAGUUACCUCCGAUGUUGUUUUGAGGAGAACGAAGGGGCCCUUUUUUGUAACUUUCUUACCUGUUUCUAUUUAUUAACACCGAGUCCUUACAUAGACAGAAGGUCUCAUAAUUUUAAGGGACGGGAAAUAAUAUUUCUGUCCCCAACAACAUAAAGGACUCAGACGAACUGCAACUGCCACUUGUGAGAAUUGAAACGAAGAUGUGGAUUCUGUACAUUGAGAAUCACUCCACUCGAACUUUUCAGCACUUUUACUUUUUUGUUUGUUAUUAAAAGUGCUAUGGACAACGAUACACGAUGGUAAGGUCACAAUGAAACAAUCCCACCAUCCGGUUUCGAUUCUAGUUGGGACCACUUCAUUAUAUGUUUCUAAAUGACAUGAAUAUCAUCCACUUCCACCCAACCCCAUACUUCUACAGUGUAUGCUUAUGUAAAAAAAAAGAAAAAGAUUACAAAUGAUGUGGUGGUAUAAUAUGUCCAUGGUGAAUUGAAUAUGUAACCCAAAUGUUUGAUU